CUCCAGUUCCCUCACCCCACCUCAUCCUUCUUCUUCUCCCUCUUCCCCUUCUCUUCACCACACCCUACUCUCAGUCCAAACAGAUCAAGUUGACGCUUGCCCCUAGCACCACAAUCCACAAUCCCACCUGCCCCUCAAUCACACACCUCCAUCAUGUCGUACGAGAAGAAGGCAGUCCACUUUGGCGGUGGCAACAUCGGCCGUGGCUUCGUCGCCGAGUUCCUUCACAACUCGGGCUUCGAGGUCGUCUUCGUCGAUGUCAUGGACUCCAUCAUCGAAUCCCUCCAAAAGACACCCUCAUACACUGUCACCGAGAUUGGCGACGAUGGCGAGCGCAAAUUCACCAUUGACCACUACCGUGCCAUCAACUCCAAGCACGAGAUGGACAAGGUCAUUGACGAGAUUGCCUCUGCUGAUGUCGUUACCUGUGCUGUCGGCCCCAACAUUCUCAAGUUUGUUGCUGAGCCCGUUGCCAAGGCUAUCGAGAAGCGCACCCUCGACUACCCCCUCGCCGUCAUUGCCUGCGAGAACGCAAUCAACGCUACAACCACAUGGAGGGGCUUCAUCGAGGGCAAGCUGAGCGAUGACACCAAGAAGAACAUUGACAGCAAGGCCCGCUUCGCCAACUCGGCUAUUGACCGAAUUGUCCCACAGCAGCCUGAGAACUCCGGCCUCAACGUUGUCAUCGAGAAGUUCCACGAGUGGUGUGUUGAGCAGAAGCCAUUCGAGAACGGUGGCAAGAAGCCAGAUGUUAAGGGUAUCCACUACGUCGACAACCUCGAGCCCUACAUUGAGCGCAAGCUCUUCACUGUCAACACUUCACACGCCACUGCCGCCUACUACGGACACCAGAACAAGAUCAGCUACAUCCACGAGGUUCUCCACGACAAGAAGCUUCACGACAUUGUUCGCGACGCUGUUAGGGAGACUGCUCACUUGAUCAUCAACAAGCACGGCGUCAGUGCCUCAGAGCAAGACGACUAUGUCGAGAAGAUCAUUAAGCGCAUCUCCAACCCCGUCCUCAAAGACAAUGUAGAGCGUGUCGGCCGUGCUCCUCUUCGCAAACUCUCCCGCAAGGAGCGAUUCAUCGGUCCCGCUGCCCAGCUGGCCGAGAGGGGCGACAAGGUUGAUGCUCUGCUUGGCGCCGUCGAGCAGGCCUACCGCUUCCAGAACGUCGAGGGUGACGAGGAGUCUGUCGAGCUCGCCAAGAUUCUCAAGGAGAACUCUGCCGAAGAGGUUGUCACCAAGGUCAACGGUAUCGAAAAGGACCACCCCCUAUUUGAUCGUCUUGUUGCCAUCGUCAAGAAGGUGCAGAGUAGCAGCUGAAUAACCGCCGGUAAACUCUAGGGAGUUGCCACUGCGGCGGAUGAAAAGGAGACUGGAGAGAAGGGACCACUGAGGUUCAUGUAUGGUGGGGGGGAUCAAUGAUGCCUUGAGCAAAGGCUCCAUCUGGCAGAGUUUCGACCAAAAAACAUGACAUUGACGGGGAUCAAUGUCUUACUUAAUGAGAGUAUGAUAUGAAUAAUGAAAUAUACCCA